ACUCCGCGUCGCUUGCCGCCGCUGCCGCGCCGCCGCCGCCAUUAUUGCAAUUUUCGAUCACCGCGUUGGGAUAAUCACAAAUUGUUUGUAAAUUCUUGUUUUGAAUUGUAACUGCUAAAAAAAAAUGGGUGUCGACGUCGAAACAAUUUCUCCUGGAGACGGCUCCACAUACCCAAAAACCGGCCAGACUGUUGUGGUCCACUACACAGGCACGCUAACAAACGGGCAGAAGUUUGACUCGUCCCGUGACCGUGGAAAGCCCUUCAAGUUCAAGAUUGGCAAGGGAGAGGUCAUCCGUGGCUGGGAUGAGGGUGUAGCCAGAAUGUCUGUUGGUGAGCGUGCCAGGCUGACCUGUUCCCCGGACUACGCUUACGGCCAGCAGGGACACCCUGGAGUCAUCCCCCCCAAUGCCACCCUCAUCUUUGACGUUGAACUCAUUCGUCUUGAAUAAGUUACACGCCUCUCUUUUUGACACCUAAGAUUCCCUAGUAUGGUCAUAUUUUAAGGCAAAUUCUAUGUAUGUUUCUAACAAAUUAUGCAGUCAUAUUUAAAGCUCAUUUCUUUUUUCGAAAUGUCUACUCAAAUCUGAUAUAAGAUAAAAGCAAUCUAUAUAAUUCAUUGCAUAAAUAAAAGUCAAAUUAGCUAAUUUUAGAAUGAAACAAUAAGUAGAGCUACUUUAGAAUAAGUUUUCUUAUUUGUAAUUUACUUAUUGGUAUUGCGGACAAAAAAAUAUAAUUCAGACAGCAAUAAUAACUAUUAUGUACACAAGAUAAUUACUGCCCCAAGUUUUAAUAAUUCUACUUUUUGACCCUUGUACUUAGACACUUAUUGACUUUUGAGCAAUAACGUUUUUCUAUAUUAUCCUAGGGUUCGAAGGUAGAUGUGUCAUGAAUUCACAAUGUACUAGAUUACUAUUUACCCAAGUUACAUUCCUUAAUGCAUUUUCAAAGUCAAUUUAUAUAACUUAGUGGUGUAAUGUCUAAAGUUCGUUCUAGUUACGUAUUGCUACCCCCAGUGUUAUGUAUUUCGUAUGUAAAUAAGCACAAAUGAUUGUACUCUAAAAAUAAUUGUUACAAGCACAGUUUCAGGAUGGUUUAUCCAACUAAAGUGAUUUCAAUGAUAGCUUUAUAAAAUUAAGAAAAAUAAACUAUUGUGAAAUGGA